GUCUCAUUUCUCCUUCUGCUCCUCACGUCUUUGCCGCCGCCCACUAGACCUUAUUGUUCUUCUACUCUCUUCUUUCCCUCUCGGACCUUGAUGUUGCUGCCUCUUCCUCUAUCUCCUUCUCGGAUGUGGUUUCUUCUCUCUCCUUCCGUUGCAACAUACUACUCCCGGCCGCCAACAAUCUUUCAAGUUUAGUGCAGCGGCCGCUCAUGAGCCUUGUCUCCAAUCAAACAAAUCUGAGUAUCCAAUAAGACUUGGCCCUUGCUCUUUACCCUCUACCACACUGGGGGAAAAGGAGCAGAAACCGCACCAACUGUGUUCUGACCCAUAUCUCCAUUGUUGAGAUUUUCGUGUAAAUGAAGAAGGGUUCUGUUUCUUUGAACAAUCUGGGUACAUUUCCGAGCCCAGGAGCGCCAAGUUACAGGGACAGCAGUGCGGUGGCGCAGAAGGGGUGGAGCUCAGAGCGAGUGCCGCAUCCGGGAUAUAGCAGGGGAAGUAGCAGGAGACAUAUCAGUGCUUCGUCUCUGACGCCGUUUUAUAGUGGAAGGACGUUGCCUUCUAAAUGGGAAGAUGCGGAGAGGUGGAUUUGUAGUCCGGUUUUGGGUUAUGGGGUUAGCAAGAACGCUCAUUAUCAGCUUCAGAGGCGACCCAAGUCCAAGAGUGGGCCGAUUGUGCCUCCUGGAAUUGCGUUUAAUUCCAAUUGCUCACCGACUUCAAUGCAGGUGGUGCCUGAUGCUGGUGGGGGAAGUGUGAAGAGUUUGGUGGUGGGGUCUCCUUUUUCCACCGGGGUUUUGAUGCCUGAAGGGGUUUCUGUUCUUUAUGGUGUCAGCGGUGGCGGUGGCAAUAAUGGUGGACAAUCUUGUUUUGUGCAGAAUGAGAGUCAUGUAAAUGCGGCGCGAUCGUCCAGUCUACUUGAAUGGUCGGACUUGGUGAGUGAAUCUUCGUUGCUCAGGCCCCGAGAUGAAAACCUUGAGGAAAUAAAGGAUACAGAAACAAUAAUUUCUCAUAUGGUUUCACAAAGGGAUAUGGCAACACAAAUGAGUUCUGAGAGUAGUAGCUGCCACUCAUCUCCCAAAGAGAGGUCUUCAGUUUGCCCCUCUCCUCCCUCUAUCCUUCCAAGUGUGGAGCAGAAUGACCAUCCUUCUAAGUUGGAAGUCAGGGAAGUGCAGGUUGACAAACGGGUCACCAUGACUAACUGGUCCAAAAGACAUGGAUCCAGAAUAAUAAAGAAAGACCUGCCUGAUGUGGAGGACCUCUAUCAUACUGAUGGUGUUGCUUCUGCUUCAUCUUUUGAUAUAUCGGUGGCAGCAACAGGCGUUUCAAAAAUGCAGAGAGAGGAAGCAAAGAUCUCAGCUUGGGAAAAUUUGCAGAGGGCUAAAGCUCAGGCAGCCAUUCAAAAACUCGAGGUGAAACUGGAAAAGAAGAGAUCGGCAUCAAUGGAUAAGAUCCUGAACAAGCUGAGAAUGGCUCAGAUGAAAGCCGAGGAUAUGAGAAGCUCAAUUUCAGUAGAGCAGGAACAACAAAUUUCAAGGAAAGCCCACAAGGUCACAUUCCUUAAUAGGCUUCCCAGCAUCAGUUCCCUGAACUGCUUCACCUGUCCUGCUCACUAGUUUCAUGUAGCCUUCCAUGCACUUAAUCGUUUUCAUCCAGGAAUACCCCAAUCCUGGAUUCAUUCCAAAAUUUUGUCUAUGCAAGCUUCUAAAUAUAAUAUAUCUCAUGUAUGAUAUCUCCUAUGUAUAAUGUUUUUUGAGUCUUGGAUCCACACAGUAGCUGCACCGCUGUUUUGAGGGUUUAUGUAAGUUAAAUUUGCACUAAUCGUCGCGCCACAACCUUUUUUC